ACACCGCACCCUCGGCCUCGCGUCACGGCAGCGUAUGGUAGGCGAGCCAUGGAAAAGGACCUGAAGCAGCAGCAGGACCUGCGCGAGUGGUGUCGCGACGCCGUCCGCCGCCACCAGUACGACACGGCCACGUACAUUGCCGACAAGCUGCUGGCCAUUACGGGUGCGUCACUCUCUCCCACCCACGUGACGACAGUACAUGCUUCGUGCUGACCCCACAGACGACGACCAGGACGCCUACUGGCUGGCCAACGUGCACUUCACCACGGGCAACUACAAUCGCUGCCAGGCGCUGCUCGCCAGGCGCAAUCUCGGCGACCGCACCCCGCAGUGCCGCUACCUGAACGCCCACAGCGCCAUCAAGCUGGGCAAGCUCGACGAGGCCCUGCAGCUGCUCGGCGAGACGAACCCGACGCAGCUCGUCUCGGUGCCCAGCCACAGCAGCGCCCGCCAGAAGCUGCGCCACGUCGACACGCACAGCCGCGCCACAGCGCGCCACAACAAGCCGGGCGCGCGCAGCGAGCGCAUGCCCACGAGCGAGGAGCGCGAGGGUGAGGACGCCGAGAACCUCAAGGCCGAGGCGGCCAUGUGCUACCUGCGCGGCGUCUGCUAUGCGCGGCAGAACGCCUUUGACCGCGCCAAGGAGUGCUACAAGACGGCCGUGCAGAUUGACGUGCGGUGCAUGGAGGCCUUCAAUGCCCUGGUCGACAACUCGCUCAUGUCGCCCGACGAGGAGUGGGCCUUUCUCGAGUCGCUCGACUUUGACGCCGUGGGCGCGCCCGGUGCCUCUGCGUCGGCCGAGACGCCCGACUUCAUCAGGAACCUCUACAUCACCCGCCUCUCCAAGUACGCGCGACCGAGCGCCUUCACCCACGCCAGCGAGACGCUCAGCACGCACUAUGCCCUCGCCAACAACCCAGACAUGCUGCGCGCAAAAGCCGACCUCAUGUUCACCCAGUGCCGGUUCCAAGACGCCCUCGCCCUCACAUCGUCGGUCCUCGCCGUCGAUCGCUACAACUUCUCCAUCCUUCCCCUGCACCUCGCCGCCCUGUACCAGCUGCGGCAGAAGAACGCCCUCUACCUGCUCUCCCACGAGCUCGCGGACACGCACCCCGACGAGCCCGGCAGCUGGCUCGCCGUGGGCGUCUACUACCUCUCCACCAACAAGAUUGCCGAGGCGCGCCGCUACUUCUCCAAAGCCUCGCAGAUGGACCAGUGCUUUGGCGCCGCGUGGAUCGGCUUCGCGCACACCUUUGCAGCCGAGGGCGAGCACGACCAAGCCAUUAGCGCCUACAGCACCGCCGCCCGCCUGUUCCAGGGCACGCACCUCCCGCAGCUGUUCCUCGGCAUGCAGAACCUGCAGCUCGGCAACCUCUCGCUCGCCCGCGAGUACCUCAACACGGCCUACUCGCUGUGCCAGACGGAUCCCCUGGUGCUGAACGAAAUGGGCCUCGUGGCAUACAACACGCACGACGCCGCGUCGGCAAUCCACCUCUUCCGCCGCUCACUGGAGCACUCGGCCGAGAACGAAGCAGACCCGUCCGAAGUAAUCAGCACGCGCUGCAACCUCGCCAUGGCCCUGCGGCGCCACAGCCAGCUCGAAGAGGCCCUGCGCGUCUUUGACGACGUCAUCCGCCACGGCCUCAAAGACGCCGCCGUCCUCGCCGCCCGCGGCCUCACCCUCAUGGAACUCGACCGCAACUGGGACGCCGUCAUCGUGCUGCACGAGGCCCUCGCGCUGGCCCCGCAGGACCCCAUGGCCACGGACCUGCUCAACCGCGCCCUCGAGGCCAACGCGUCGUCCAGCGCCAUGCUGAUGGUCGAGCCCGCCCAGCACGCGCACGCCACGGGCUUCAUCGAGGACGAGAUCGACGACGACGGCUUCGAAGAGGCCCUGAGGCGGAGGAAACAAGACGCCCUCCGAGACGUGGAGCCGAACCGCGUCGCGGGCCGGCGGGGCAGGCGCCGUCGACACGCGACGGGCUUCGUCGAGGACGAGAGCGGCGUCGGCGAGAGCAUGCUCGUCGACUCGGACGGAUGACGAUGACGCUGGCGCUGGCGGUGACGGUGACGGUGACGGUGACGGUGACGGUGACGCUGGCGGUGACGGUGACGAUGACGAUGGCGAUGGCGGUGACGCUGACGAUGACGAUGACGAUGGCGAUGACGCUGUCUUGCUGCUGGAGUAUGGAGUUGGGAGAGUGACUUAAUUUUGGAUACCACACACGACGGCAUAGCGCGGCGUAGGCGGGCAUUGCAUUCCUCGAGGCGUUAGGGGUCGCAGUUAUGAAAAGUAUGCUUUAAAAGUUCGGCAUAGUCAUAGCUAAGCGCAAUGGCGAAAUACACUUGCUACAGACAUGAAGUUUAGCACACCCA